AUGCCCUAUAUCCUCCAUAGAAAUGGUUUGGCCACGGAGCAUUUUCCGAUGGAACGACGAACGAGUCCAUUGGAGUCCCUUCCAGACGAGACGUUGACACAGGUUCUCGUGUAUCUGGAGUGGCACGAGAUUCUCCAAGUCCGUCAGUGCUGUCGACGCCUCAAUCGCCUCUCGAAAGACCGUUCGGUCUGCCUAGCUGUGCUCCUACACUACUAUGAUACGGUCCUCCCACGACCGUUCCUGCUACCCAAACCCCUCCGGUAUUGUGAUUCAUCCAACCUCGAACGAGUCGUCUGCAAUUGGUUCUCAGCGCGUGGAUUGGUCGACCCACAUCGGGCGCGAAAGCAAGAGUUUAAGCCUCCCGACACGUGGUCCAAGGGAUUCAAGUUGGGUCCUCUCCCAGGCGGUCGUUUCUUCAUGCAUGCGAGCCCCAACGGCAAUAUCCACUACCACGACAUCGAAAACCCGUGCGACCCUCCCUCCCUCUUUAUCCCGACCCCAUUUCCAUGGUGCAAGCCUGGUGUUGCGGUUAUGCCUAUUCAGACUCUACUGUCGUUGGACAUCCUUGCAACCCAGGCGGAUGAAAUUCCCAUUGAAGAUCGUCUUUUCCCAAUCACGUUCAAUUUGGCUGCAAUCUGGCAGGCUACCGAUCCGGCGAAUGACGAGACACUUCACAACUUUGGCGUCUAUCAAGUGGAGGUACAACUUGGAGACGACGGUUCAGUUAAGGGGUACGCUGCAAAGCAGCUGAUCCUAUUCCGCGAGAAGCCCUAUCGAUACGCCAUUCUGAACAGGUGCUCACUGUACGGCAAUCAUCUGGCAUACCACUGCUCAGCUCAUCAGUCGCGCUUCAUUGCCAUCAUCGAUUGGGGCUCUAUCCCACAUUCCAACGUCACAAACUUUCCUCGAGUUUACCUUCCCGACCUGUACCGAUCGCAAUUCUCGCUGCUGCCGGGGAGGCACCUUGCUGUAUUUCAAGAUGACGACAUUGUGAUAUACAACUGGGGUGAUGUCCCGUCCAAAACUCGCGCCCCAGAUCUGGAUCUGCUCUACUGGUUACAACCUGCUUCACCCAAAUGGAAGGUAGCUCUAUCCUCCUUCGGGGGCUCGUUCCCGCCUUUGAGGCCAUAUCUCUUCAAGGACUCCAUCCGCAUCGUCGUUCCAACCUCCGUCGGUCUCAAGGGCAUUAACAUCCCGCUUCGAUUCCUCAACCAGUGGUCAGACUCCGAGGCAAUCGCCAGCGCCACCGAGUCCCAACUUCCCACUGUCGUCCCGCUCUUGGACGGGCAUUUUGGUAGCGCCCCAUGCGAGCUGAGCCUCGGUUAUCGCAAAGGCAUUUCGGUCACGUCCCAAGGCACCACCGUUUGGCAGUGUAGCUGGCCUGAAGAAAGUCGAAUGGAACCGCCGAAGGUGUUCUCCCUCCCGUCGCAUCCGUACGACUCACGCAUUUCGGCCAUAUAUUUCAUUGAGCACUCGAAUCGACUCGUCUCUUUGCAACGCCAGUAUCGAUACCAGAUCAUAGACUUUUGA